AGACUUGAGUGAGAGGCGGAGAGGAGGACAGAUGCACCGGGCGGACAGGAUGGCCGGCAGCGGCGCCGACUCGCUCCCAGCGUCCGCCUUCAUCCCGGUGUGCACCGCCGCUUGCCUCUUGGUGGGCUCCACUUCACUCUUCUUCGUCUUCACAUGCCCGUGGCUGGCGGUGACCAUCUGCCCUGCCGUGCCGCCGUGCUGCGCCGUCCUUUUCCUUUUUGUGCUGGCCAACUUCACCAUGGCGACGUUUAUGGACGCCGGCGUUCUCCCGAUGGCCGACGAGGACGAGGACAAGGACGACGAGUUCCGGGCGCCCCUUUACAAGAACGCGGACGUGAGGGGCAUCCAGGUGCGGAUGAAGUGGUGCGCCUCCUGUCACUUCUACAGGCCGCCGCGGUGCUCGCACUGCAGCGUGUGCGAUCGCUGCGUGGAGGAUUUUGACCACCACUGUCCGUGGGUGAACAACUGCAUCGGGAGGCGCAACUACCGCUACUUCUUCCUCUUCCUGUUGUCCCUGACCGGUCACAUGGUUUGCGUGUUCACCUUGGGCCUCAUCUUCGUGCUGCACCACUCGGACCAGCUUUGGAAGCUGCACUGCACCGUCACUUUGGUCGUGAUCAGCAUAUCGGGCUUAUUUCUCCUUCCGGUUCUGGGCCUGACGGGCUUCCACCUGUUCCUGGUGUCCAGGGGACGCACCACCAAUGAACAAGUCACCGGGAAGUUUCGGGGAGGAGUCAAUCCGUUCACGCGUGGUUGCUGUAACAAUCUGGAGUACCUGGUGUGCAGUCCCAUCCCGCCGACGUACUCUGCAAGGCCCCGCAAGAAGUCUGUGAUCCACAUUCGCCCUCCCUUCCUGAGACCGGAGCUUGACAGGCAGCUGUCAGACAAAGUGAGCGACAACGGCAAACACAGCAGAGCCUCUGCCGGAACGGAACCGCAGAAAAGUCCUCCCCCGUUGCCGCCCAAACCAGACCGCGGGCUGCUGAAAAGUCACCUAGCUGCCAUGGAAGAGAUGCACCACCACACCAAAUCCAUCAUCCCGGUCUCCAUUCCCACGGUGCCUCAGCUGCGACCCGUCCUGGAGGCCAUAUCCCGAGGAUCGUCACCCAUUCCUCCGGAGCAGCUACUGAAGUCCUCCGAGCCACCAGGGGACAGCAAAGGCCCUGCCGUCCGCUUGGAGACCAACGGAAGCCCCUUGAGGGGAUCAUUGCCCCCCUCGUUGCCCCCCUUGCAGGCUGCCUCCCUCUCAGGCGCCAUGACGCUCAGCUCGCGUUCCCUCGGCCUCAAACACGGCGGGCGCCACAUGAUCGCCAAGUCCCAGGCCAACCACGGCAGCAGCAGCUCCUACGACACCCUCGUCGCCACCGCGGACCCUCAGUGUCGCCCCCACAGAGGGGCUCCCGCGGUGGGCUACUUCAUGAGCCUGGGUCCCGACGUGGGCGUGGCCCAGCGCGGCCCUCACGCCUGCAGCCCCGUCUUCGUGGGCGUCGCCCGUCAUUCCCCGCAGCCCAGAGAACCGUCGCCUUCUCUGCAGGGUCUGUCGUCGCGAGACCCCUCGUCGCCGUCCUUCCUGGGAUUCAUCCAAAGAGAGCCUUUGCCCACUUUCCAGGACCUCCUGUCCAGGGAGCUUAGCCCAGCGGGUCUGCCCAUGAAGGCCCAAAGUCUACGAGACGGCCUUCGGGACGUGAGUUUGACUCCUCAGAAGUCCGCCGCUCCCACUGCGUCGUCCCGCUUCGACGGCCUCUCCAAAGCCCUCGUGGCGUCCAUUAACGAGCGGCGCGAGAUGGAGGAGAGGGAGCAGACGCUGCGCCUCCACGCCCGAUCCCAGGCUCUGUACGGACCGGACGCCUGCGUCUACGACAUCCCCUGCCGGCGGAGUCUGCCGCCGGACACCGGCCGACCGCAGGGCGCUCGGGGCCCCACCCCGCCGGCGUACGGCUCCCGGGAGUUCCUGAUGAGCACGGGCGUCUUGGGGUACGGCCCCAGGACGUCGCCCCUCUCCGGCUCCUCCGCGUCGUCGCUCGCCCGGGGCCCCAAACCGCGCUCCUCCUCGCCAGUCUACCGCCCCUCUGAGAGACCGCCCGUCCCCCCCUCUACAUGCACUCUCCCCCGUUUGCCCUCCUGCUCCACAGCCUCCUCCACCCCCCCUUACGCACUCUACGGGACAGCCAAACGCUCCUCGCUCACCACCUCCUCCGAGGGGAAGGACUCGUGAGUAGUCCCCGCACUCACGCCACGAGCUGUAAAGUACAGUGGUACCUUGACUUACAAGUUUAAUUCGUUCUGUGACCACGUUCGUAACUCAAAGCACUUUGAAAGCAAGUUUUCUCAUUGAAAUGAAUGGAAGCGCCAAUAAUCCAUAUCAGCCCCAUAAAAAAACAACAACAACAACAAAACCCACCAAAAUGUGUUCAACUUUCCUCACUUUCAGCAGCUUUGUCACAUCCACGGAGAGAGGUCAGCAGCCCGAGGCCGGCCUUUAUCGACCCCUUCUGCUGUUCGAGUACUAUGGUCGUACUGCUUCGCCGAGUCGACUAUGCGCACACUUGCUCAUGUUUUUGUAAGAUUUCAAGCUUUAAAGAUCCCUAAGUGAAAUCAUAGAUUUGUUUCUAAAUACCUUAUACAUAUUUGAGGGUAAAUGCUAAAAAACCUGUAAAAAAACUUGAGAACUAUGUAGUAAAAUGAGAGCACUCUCAAGGGGCUGCUGUAGGCCGCAACUCACAUGCAGAAACUCACACGAGGACUGUCCCACCUUACUUGGCCACGCCCCUUAAAGGCACAACUCUCAGUCAAACCAGUUUGUUUCUUUACAUUUCCAUGCUUCUAUACAAUACUUUAUUGAAUUACAUGGGGAUGGAAUGUAUUAUUACAAUUUAAAUUCAUUGACAAAAUAAAAAAUAAAUUGAUAAGUAAAUUCAGCUUCGAGCUCGGCCACAGAACAAAUUAAAGUCGGAAGCCGCAGCAUCAAAAUCUUUUCCUCAUGCCAUCAAUGAAUCAGCCGUGCAGUGUUUGUGUGUAUGAGGGACUCCCCUGUGCGUGUGUGUUUGUGUUUGAGGAAAGAAUAUAUUAUAAAAAGUCCUUUUGACUGGAAGAAGGUGAUUCUUUACUGAGUGCACCCCAUUAACCCUAAUACAGAGUGAAUACAAUCUUUUUUUAUGUGUUUUGAUAUUGCCUUUUUGUUGUCUUCCAAUCCAUACAAUUUGAUAGUUGUUUAUAUGAAAA